AUGAGGGGGCCGCGCAGCCCCGCCGACCCCGCCGCCUCCCCCGGCCCCAGCAGCGCCUCCGCGGCCACCGCGGGUCUUCAUCGUCGCCCCCUUCUCCUCCGCUGCGCCAAGGGGCGGGGGGCGGGACGCGCGCCCCGACACACCGGCGAAAGCGCUCCGAGCCCUGUCAAAUCCUUCCCAUGGCUGCGGCGGCUGCUGCUGCUGCUGCUGCGGAGACGGCGCCCUCCUUCUCCUCCUCCUCCGGGUGCGCGUCCUGGGGCGGAGGGGAAGCGCCGGCGUCCCCGCUCCGGCCGCACGCUGCGGGCCGGGAGGCCCCGACGACGGCGGCGGUGGCUUCACUCCCGGCGGCGCGAUGCCCUCCCGGCUUCGCCCCCCCGGGCAAAGGGCAUCCUCGGGCGUUUGCUCAGAAGACCAACAAUUUCUAUGUGUGGUGCAUCAGGAGGAAGGAAGGUCUGGCCUCAUUCAUCACCUGGAAUCCAGCAUUUGCUGCCAUCAAUUUCUUGGCUUCCUCCUGAAGAACAGGAUUUCAUUUUGGACGCGGUGAAAAUUGGAGUUCCAAUUUUCCAAUUGAAAUUGUUUCUGGAUUCUAAUCAGUACUUGUGAAAAAAACAUCAGGCAGCUCAUUAACAGAGAGCCUAUUUGCACUUGAAUGGCAAGAGUGUAGUCUGAAUCCCACCUAAACCAAUAGAAGAUCCAGUGCUGCAUGCAACCAGCAUUCCAGAGCAGCUCAAACUGUGUUGCCUUCAAGCAGCCUCAUCAUCCUGCCAGCACUGGCCUGCUGCAGGGUGAAUCCAGCAGAUUUUGUCCAGGCUGUUGCCUUCGUGCUGUACAGCAGCCUGAAAAAUUAACUCAGCCCCCUUUGCAAUGGCUUAUUAAAAGGGAACUAGAACAAA